GGACGCACUCCGCCGCCGCCGAUCUCCGCCGUCGCCGAUCGCCUCCGCCUCCCUCCGCCUCCCUCCGUCCCCCUCCCUUGCCCGUCGGCGAGCUCGAGAGACAAUGGCGAGCCGAUACUGGGUGGUGUCGCUUCCGGUGCAGGGCUCCAUGUCCGCCGCUUCCCUGUGGAACCGCGUGCAGGAGCAGAUCUCCAGGCACUCCUUCGACACCCCUCUCUACCGGUUCAAUAUACCCAAUCUCCGCGUCGGAACCCUAGACUCUCUCCUCGCUCUCAGCGACGAUCUCUUGAAGUCGAACAGCUUCGUGGAAGGCGUGUCGCACAAGAUCAGGCGCCAGAUCGAGGAGUUGGAGAGGGUGUCGGGCGUGGAGAGCAGUUCCCUUACAGUGGAUGGUGUGCCCGUUGAUUCUUACCUCACAAGGUUUGUCUGGGAUGAUGCCAAGUACCCUACGAUGGCUCCCUUGAGGGAGAUUAUUGACACAAUUCAGGGACAAGUUGCGAAGAUCGAAGAUGAUCUGAAGGUUCGUGUUGCUGAGCAUAACACUGUGCGGAGUCAGCUCAAUGCUAUCAACAGAAAGCAGAGUGGAAGCUUAGCUGUCCGCGAUCUUUCAAAUCUAGUCAAACCCGAGGAUAUUGUCAUGUCAGAAAACCUAAUAACUCUCCUCGCAAUAGUACCUAAGUACUCACAGAAGGAUUGGUUGUCAAGCUAUGAAACUUUGACAAGUUAUGUGGUCCCCAGAUCCUCAAAGAAGUUACAUGAGGAUAACGAAUAUGCUCUUUACACUGUAACGCUCUUUCGCCGAGUUGCUGAUAACUUUCAGACAAGUGCUCGGGAAAGAGGUUUUCAGAUUCGUGACUUCGAAUACAAUUCGGAGGCGCAAGAGGGCAGGAAGCAGGAGUUGGAGAGGUUGAUGCGGGAUCAGGAGAAUUUUAGAAGCUCCCUUUUGCAAUGGUGCUAUACCAGUUAUGGAGAGGUUUUCAGUUCAUGGAUGCACUUCUGUGCUGUGCGUGUCUUUGCAGAGAGUAUUUUACGAUACGGUUUACCGCCAUCUUUCUUGGCAUGUGUUCUUGCUCCAUCAGUGAAAGGUGAGAAAAAAGUGCGUUCAAUUCUUGAAGGCUUGUGCGACAAUACACACAGUGCAUACUGGAAAUCUGAAGAAGAUGCCGGAGGGAUGGCCGGGCUGGGAGGUGAUCCAGAUUCUCAUCCGUACGUUUCCUUCACGAUCAACCUUGCUUGAUGACCGUUGGAGAUGGUCCAAGUCCCGGGAAUUCGUCUGUUUAAGUAAUAACAGAGGACAGGUAUCAGCUGAGAUAUUGUAUUAUAGCAUCAAUAAACUUAUUCUUUGGUUAUUUCUCUGUAAUUUUAGCGUUCUGGAGUUCCAAGUGGGGGUGUCUUUUUUUUCUUAUUGAAUGUGAGUGAUGGUUUUGUGGGUAUCCUUUUGGUUAUUUAUACUGUGGGUAGUAAGAUCAAUUGACGAGCAUUCUCCAUUUAAUAAUUAUAGAUAUCCUUUUGGUUAUUUAUACUGUGGGUAGUAAGAUCAAUUGACGAGCAUUCUCCAUUUAAUAAUUAUAGAUAAGAUUUUUACUUGUGCUGGUGAA